GCCGCAGCUCGCGUCCCCAGCCCGGUACUGGACUCUGUGGAAUGCAGGUAGGGGCUUGAUUUGUCUUGUACACAUCUGUAUACCCCGCAUCAGAACAGUGCCUGACACUUACUAAGCAUUUACCGAAUGAAUGAAGAAAGAAUGCAAAGAAAACAGCAGAUGAAGAAAAGGGAGACGGUUACUGUAGGAAAAAAUGGCCAGUGGUCGUUCACCAUGUUUCUAUAUAGAAGAACUUAAUAAGUACCAACAAAGGAACACUGCAGUACUUAAGUACUGUGAACUAUCUAAGACAGGACCUCCACAUAACUUAAGGUUUACCUAUCAAGUUAUAAUAGAUGGCAGAGAAUUUCCAAAGGCUGAAGGUAGAUCAAAGAAGGAAGCCAGAAAUGCUGCAGCCAAAUUAGCUUUUGAAAUAAUUAGUAAAGAACAGAAGGCCGCUAGUCCUUCAUCACUGCAGACAGGAGAUCCUUCAGAAGUACCACCCAUUGAGAAUUACAUAGGCCGUGUUAAUACGAUUGCCCAGAAGAAAAACCUAUCUGUAAUUUAUGAAGAAUGUGAAUCGAGGGACAGUGGGCCCGAUAAAUUUCAUUAUAAAUGCAAAAUUGGACAGAAUGAAUAUGGUAUUGGUAUAGGUUCCACUAAACAGGAGGCAAAACAAUUGGCUGCUAAACUGGCUUAUGAAAAGAUACAGUCAGAAAAUUUAAUGAAAGCUGACGCAUCCUCUGGUUGUUUCAAUACUGUGUGUGGUGAUGUCCAAAGCAACUCUUCAGCGACAAACACAUCUGCUUCUGAAUCACCAUCUGAAAAUGACUUCUCAACAAGUGAAGCGGAAAGCAAUGAUAACAGUGACGCAGUAGACAAGUCUUUCCAAUCUCCAGAGAACAGUUCCAGAAAUAAUCCCAGAAAGGUGAAGAGAUCUUUGGCACCUAGAUUUGACUCUCCUGUGAAGAGGGAAGAAAAAGAAAGAAUGUAUACUGUGGACUCCAGGUUUAUCAGAUAUUUUACAGAAAUAACACCAAUUGGCGAAGGUGGAUUUGGCCAAGUUUUCAAAGCCAAACACAAAAUUGACGAGAAGACUUAUGUUAUUAAAUGUGUUAAAUAUAAUAACGAGAAGGUAGAGCGUGAAGUGAAAGCUUUGGCAAUGCUUGAUCAUGCAAAUAUCGUUCACUACCACAGUUGUUGGGAUGGGCUUGAUUACGAUCCUGAGCAAAGCAUAAAUUCUUCAAGAUCAAAGACUAGGUGCCUUUUCAUCCAAAUGGAAUACUGUGAUAAAGGGACAUUGAAGCAAUGGAUUGACAGUAGAAGAGGCAAGGAACAAGACAAACGUUUGGCUUUGGUAUUCUUUGAACAAAUAACAGAAGGAGUGCAUUACAUACAUUCAAAACAGUUAAUUCAUAGAGACCUUAAGCCAUGUAAUAUAUUUUUAGUAGAGACGAACCAAAUAAAGAUUGGAGACUUUGGACUUGUAACAUACCUGAAAAAUGAUGAAGCGCGGACAAGUAAACAGGGAACUAGGCUAUACAUGAGCCCAGAACAGAUUGCUUGUAUAGAAGACUAUGGAAAUGAAGUGGACAUCUUUGCUCUGGGACUAAUUCUUGCAGAACUUCUUCACAUAUGUUCCACUGAGAUAGAAACAAUGAAGAUUCUUAAAGGUCUAAGGGAUGGCACCUUCUCAGAUGUAUUUGACAACAAAGAAAAAAAUCUUCUACAGAAAUUACUCUCAAAGGAUCCCAAGAAACGACCUAACACAUUGAAAAUACUGAAGACUUUGAAGGAGUGGAGUAAUAUUGCAGAGAAAAAGAAAUGGAAUACAUGUUAGAUACUUAAAAAAUAAAUAAAAAGUAUCCUCAGGCUUCCCUGGUGGCGCAGUGGUUAAGAAUCCGCGUGCCAAUGCAGGGGACACGGGUUCAAGCCCUGGUCCGGGAAGAUCCCACAUGCCGUGGAGCUACUAAGCCCAUGCGCCACAACUACUGAGGCUGAGCUAUAGAGCCCGCAAGCCACAACUACUGAGCCCGCGUGCCACAACUACUGAAGCCCACGUGCCUAGAGCCCAAGUCCCUCAACAAGAGAAGCCACCACAAUGAGAAGCCCAUGCACCGCAAUGAAGAGUAUCCCCCGCUCGCUACAACUAGAGAAAGCCUGCACACAGCAACAAAGACCCAACGCGGCCAAAAUUAAAUAAAUUAAAAAAAAAAGUACCCUCUUAUCAGAGGAGGAGAGGGGCAAAGGCCAGGGACCUUAUUUGCUAAUUAAAACAUACAUACAUGCAGAGAUUUUGAAGAGCUAUUGUGACCUAGCUGCUUCACUAGAAACAGAACUUCUAGGAAAUUUUUAUUACUAACCACACAUAUAUUUUUUAUUAAAUGUGCACAUAUUUAACAUAGGUACAUAUAUAUGUAGCUUACUCAGAGCAUGUAUGUUAUUUGUGUUAGGUAUAUUUAGUAUAAAUACACAUAUAAAGUGUGUGUGUUUGUGUGUAUGGCCAGCUAUAUAAUUUGUGGGACCCAAUGCAAAAUGAAAAUGUGAGGCCCUUGUUCAAAAAUUAACAUGGCGCCUUAUGCAACCACACAGGUUGCGUGUCUAUGAAGUCAGACUUGCGUGUACAUACACAUGUGUAUACACACAUAUAUACAUACAUGCACACCUAUGUAUGAAAUGUUUAGAAGUCUAAAAGCAAGCUUUUCCCAGACUCCAUCAUCCAGUGUACCUACCUGAGAGAGAAACUCAUAGCAUCUAUUUCCCACUUGAGUGUUCAGCAUAGCUUGAGGUUCUUGGCAUGCUAACUUUUUCAUUAUGAAUGUGGAAUGAUUUCAAUAUUAUUCAUAUUUUAAUACGUUUUUGUGUUAAAACAUACACAAAAACAGAGACUAGAAUAAUGAUACUCUGUGUACUCAUUACCCAGCUUCAACAGCUAUCAAUAUUCUGUCUUUCCUGUUUCAUUUACCCCUCCUUUUAAAAAAUGUCUUUUGCUGGAGGAUUUUAAAUUUCAGGCAUUGUAUCAUUUCACUUGUAAAUACUUAAAGAUGUAUUUCUAACAGAUCUUUUUAAUUUUAACCAAACCACAUCAUUGUCACUCAACAAAUUAAUAAGAUUUUCUUAACUAUCAUGUAAUAAUCAGCCUGUACUGAGUUUUCGUAUGUCAAAAAUGUCUUUCUGUAGAUUGUUUAAGUCAGGAUCCAACAUUUCAUUUAGUUGGUAUGUCUCUUUUACUCUAUAACAUCCACCUCGUUUUUAACUUCUUUCCUCUUGCCAUUUAUUUGAGGAAGGAGUAGGUCACAUAUCCUACAGAAUUUCCUUCACUUAGGAUUUGGCUGAUGGUAUCCCCAUGGUGUCUAGUUAGAUCUAGAAACUUGAUUUGAUUCUGUUCUGAAAUUUUUUUCUGAGAAUACUCCUAGGUGAUACUAUAUACCUUCUUUUGCUUCACUUCAGGAGGAACAUGAUGUCUGGUUGUUCUGCUUUCGGUGAUUUUAAGUUUGGUCGGUGGCUUGUGGUGGUGUCAUCUACUAUGAUCAGUCUUCCUUGUCAAUCUUUCACCUAAUGGUGUUAGCAGCCAUUGAUGAUUAUUGCCUGGAUCCAUUAUUUCAUUAGGGGUUGCAAAAUAGUGAUUUUUGGAUUCUAUCAAACCUCUCACAUUUAUCAUCUGUGAUUCUUCUAUGAAGAACUUUCCCUAAAGUUGAAUGGGACAGAUGGGAUAAAUAUUUAUUAAUUUUUAGAAUGAAGUGGCAUCCCAGUAACGUCCAAAGGUGACAAAGAGGUUUUUUUUUUUUUAGGCAGGAGUGUGAUCCAACCUAUACUUUGAAAGUGUUCAGACUGGGUUGGAGCAGGAAAAGACUAUAUUUGAAAGGUCAGAAGUCCGAGAGGCUAAGAGGGCCUGAACAAUGGGAGGGGACAGAACCAAGAGGAGCUGGCAACUGACUGGAUGUGAGGAUUUAGGGAAAUGUAAGCAUCAGAGAUUACCUCUAGGUUGGUUGGAUGGUGAGUGCCAGGAGUAUGAUGCCAUUAAAGAAGGUACAAAUCUCAAUCAAAUUAACCCCGUCAAAGAGCCAUGCAUAUUUCAGAGAUAUUUUGUCUCACACAGUUUUUAGUUAGAAUUUAAGCCAAUAGUGGGGCUGCUUUUCACAUGUCAACAAGGUGAGGGGGAGCAGAUUUGGGAGGUAAAACACUAGAUCUCAUUUGGAGAUGCCAAGUUGGAGGUACUGCCAUAAAUUCAGGGGAGGGUGAAGAGCAGACUCUAGGAAAUGCAGGAGAGGAACUUGAGAGAAGGGAUGAACUGGAAUCAUACACAGAAGAGAUGUGUAUGUUAUCUGGAGGUAAGCCCUGAUGCUUAACUUUGAAUCCAAGGGAUUGCCCAGGGAGAGAUUACAUAGAGGAGAGGGCUCAGAAACAAAAGCACAGCAGACACCUCCAUUUAGAUAUUUACUCUUUAUAUCAUGUCAGUCCACUCCCUACGUCUGUGACCGUGAGCUAUCCCAGUCACGACAUGUCUUCAGGAUGGUCACAGAUGCAGGGACUACAGUUGAUAGAUGUACAGAGGCCCCACUGUUGGCUUACACUCUGACUAAAAACCGUGUAAUGGGUGAAACUCUGAGGCAAAUCAGAUAUCUCUCAAAUAUGUGUGGCUCUUGAGGGGUCAGUUUGAUUGAGACCUGUAUUGGUUUUCUAGGGCUGCUGUAACCAGUGACCACAAAACUGAUGACUGAAAGUGACACACAUUUAUUCUCUUACAGUUCAGGAGGCCUGAAGUCUGAAAUGGGUUUCACUGGGCUCAAGUCAAAGUGUUGGCAGGGCUGUGCUCCUCUGGGGGCUCCCGUUCUGCAUCUCACAUUCAGCAUUACCUGAAUAGGCCCCAGCCACACAGGUCUGUUCAGGGUCACCUCAAUAGGCUUUUGUGCUCAGUGGCACUCGGCUAUGGUUUCUACCUGAAAUUCCCUUCAAUCUUUUUUUUAAGUAACAGCUUUAUUGAGACAUAAUUCACAUACCAUAAAAUUCACCCCAUUUAAAGUAUACAGUUCAAUGGUGUUUAGUAUAUUCAGAGUUGUGCAACCAUCACCACAAUCAAUUUUUAAACAUUUUUGUCACUCCAAAAAGAAACCCUGUACCCAUUAGCAGCCAUUCCUCAUCUUCCUCCAACUCUAGGCAACCACCAAUCUACUUUCUAUCUCCAUAGACUUGCCUAUUCUGGACAUUUUGUGUAAAUGGAAUCAUACAGUAUGUGGUCUUUUUCACUUAGUAUGUUUUCAUCUGUGGUAUAGCAUGGAUGGAAAUUCCUUUCCCUUUUAUUGCCAAAUGAUAUUCAGUUAUAUGGAUAUAUCACAUUUAAUUCACCUAUUCAUCAGCUGAUGGACAUUUAGGUUUCUACUUUCUGGCUAGUAUGAAUAAUGUUGCAAUGAAUAUUGGUGUAUGAGUUUUAUCUGGACACGGUUCCAUUUCUCUUGGGUAUAACUUAAGAGUGGAAAUGCUGGGUCAUAUUGUAACGCCUUCCUCAUAACUGCAUAUCAAAGUUAUGCUGAAAGCCCAAAUUCAGUGCUGCUACCAUAGUGUUCUACCAUCUCCCACUCGGAAUGAAACUUCUCCCUAAUACUUCAGUUAUUUAGUUCUUCAGCAUUGUACCUACCAGUUUGCUUUGGAGCUCAGUUAUUCCUGCAUGGGUGUUUCCCUCCUUGUAAAUUUCUGGAAAGCAGGGACAGGCUCUCUCAUUUUGAUUUGCCCCAAGGCAGCAAGUGUAUUACCCUGCAUUUAAGCAGGAACUCUAUAAGUGCUUUUGAAUUAGUAGGGAAUAAAAGUGUUAAGAAUUUCAUAUACUUGAUCCUGCAAAAUGUGUCUAAUACUAAAUAAUAAUAAUGUUCACUGUAAAAUUUCAACAAUUAAAUGUUGAUAAAUAACAAAGUAAAGGUGGGUAUGGUAAACCAAUUUAGUAUAUUAAAGUCUAUUUAUUUUGAAUUUUAAAAGCUCCAGUAUUUUGGGUUUAUAAGUAGGAAAAUGAAACAUUUUAGAAAUUCUAGAUAGGACUCUGAAAAUAAACAUAGUACAAUAUAAACAAAAGUAAAUGACAACAAGUAAAUUUCUGGCCUCUGGCCUGGAAAUGCAGACCACAACUCUGGUGGACUUAUGGGUUCCAUCAAGGUUAUUCCUACAUUCACAGCAUAUUUGUUCACAGACAUAUUCAAAAUACUCUAGGCCACUGGGCAGGUUGCCCUACAGUCAGUAAGAGGAGAAAAGGAAGCCAGUUCCUAACUCCAUUCUGUCUGAAAUUAUCCACAUGGCGUUGGGUCUGUCCAAAUGAAUGUUGGUUUGUUGGCUGAAAUGACAGGAAAGGAUGUGACUAUAAUUCCAAGAAGAAGAUAUACUUUGUUUUAGCUGUUAAUACAAUGUUACGAUUUUUUUAAAUGGAAAAAGUAACUAUCAGUUUUAUCCAACUAUAUAAGCUCCAAUAUUUUAUAUAUGUAUUUAUAGUCAUAAAACUCAUAAUUCAGUUUCUAGAUGAAGAACUGAGGCCCAGAAGUUAACUACGUUUUCAAGCUCUGCUGCAUUUUAUUUAUUUAUUUGAUUGCAUGGGGUCUUAGUUGAGGCAGGCAGCUUCCUUAGUUGUGGCAUGUGAACUCUCAGUUGCGGCAUGUGUGUGUUAUCUAGUUCCCUGUCCAGGGCUCUAACCCCGGGCCCCUGUAUUGGGAGCGUGGAGUCUUAUCCACUGUGCCACCAGGAAGUCCCUCUGCUGCAUUUUAGAAUCAAGGGUAGUGAUACACAGGCCACAGUGACCAAUUACAUCAGAAUCUCUGGAGGUGGGACCUUUGUAAUAUCAUGUUUUUUAAAGCUCCCCAAGUUAGACUUUAGAACAAGUGAACUAGGUCAAAUUAGGUCAGAGGCUAAUACAACUCAUACCAUUGAUUAUCUUAAUUUGGGCAAGUGUAGGUUAGCUUCUGCUAUGUUGUCAGGUAUGCUGUUUAUAAUAAAAAGAGGCUGAUCUCUUGCUCAAUGCUACUGAAAGGUGAGCUGUAAAACUGUACAGAUGAGGUCACAACUUGAUCCGAAGAACAGUCAUGCUCUAGUUUAACCUAGAGCGCUAGUUCUCAUCCACAGGUGAUAAUCAGACACAUUCUUAGAACUUUAAAAUAAAUAGAUAUCCAGAAACUAUCCUAGACUAGCUGAAUCAAGUCACUAAGGGUGGCACCUGAGCUUGUGAACUUUAAAAAAGUUCAUGAUUUUGAUGCCCAAACUUAGAUGGAGCUCUCUAGAGAUGUGCCACAUGGUAUGUCUUUAGCUAUAUCUGGUUAAAUUAUAGGGAAGCAGAACUCAGCUUAAGACAGAAAAAUAACUUUUAAAAUGACUUAGAGCUACCCAGCAAUGCAACAGUCCAUUUUAAAGCAGUGAGCUCUCUGUGACUGGAGGAAUAAAGGCAGAGGUUGGAUUAGCACCUGCUAGGAAUGUUGUCAAAGGGAUUAAGAAGUUGGAUCACCUGAUAUUUAAGGUUACUCCUAAUGAUUGUUUCUUUAGCCAAAAUGGGCAAUUGUUCACUUAUAAUGGAUAUACACAUUGCUAUAAAAACUCAACGAUUUUACGGAAUAUCAUCACUACUUUGUUUCUAAAACUGAUUAGAAUUAAGUACUAUUAAUGGAACCUUGCCUCUGACAUUACUCUUACUGAGGGGAAUACUUUUCCCCUCCUUCUCAUGCUUGCAUGAAGGGAACUUCUUGCUCCUUGGAAGAGAGAAGUGUGGGAACAAGCUCUGUGAACCUGUAUUCAUUCCGUCUCAACAGAGAGGUGUCUCAUCUGAUGAGUGAUUUUGGGAAAAGGAACUGAGCAUGUAUGGCCCCACCCCUGAGGGGUUGGUUCUCUCACCUUGAAAGCUAAUGGUCUCCUAAUGCAAAGAUGGGCUCUGUCCCUCCGAGGCAAGGUCGGCAGUUCUCUCUAACCAGGGAGAUCUCGCAGGGAGCAUGACUGGAGAACAAGUCAACUAGCUCUUUAUUUCAUUGAUAAUAAAGCUGAUAUUUUGAUCUCUAA